UAAACUGACUUUGGUGUUUUUCAUUUUUAGGUUCAGGACCUUACAGAGCACAACUGAAGUUAGCAGCAAGAAGGAUUGUGGACUCAAAAUGGAAAAACAGCAGAAAGCUGUUAGCCAAAUACAUGAAGGAGCUUCAGUUUAAAUACACACCACUUGUACUGGUGAAUGACGUGUCUGACGUUUACCCUGAAAACAAAUACAAAAAGUCACGUAAAAAGAAAUGUAAAAGGUACAUACCUAAAGAAGACAAGCCAAUUAACAAUAAGGACCUGCUGACCAUGAAAGAGAAAAAGAUCCUACUGGUGGGGAAGCCUGGAAUUGGGAAAACCUUCUGUGUCCUCCAGUUACUGAAUCUGUGGGCUGAGAGUGUUGAGGACACUCUCUAUGUCUUUUAUUUCGAUGCAGAAACUUUGCACCAUGUUAGAGACUCUGAAGAUCUGAGGUCCUUACUGUUCAGUUACUGUAAACCAGAGAGAAUGAUUGAAGACGAUCUUUAUACUGAUAUCGUAAAUGGAAAUGCCAAUGUGCUCCUCAUAUUUGAUAGCUUUGAUGAAAUCCAGCCGACAUGUCAGGGUGAGAAGAUUGAAAGAGUUAUUUAUAGAAUACUAAAUAAAUAUGAACUGGAAAAGGCCAAGGUCAUCGUUUCAUGUCGACCUUCUGUAGAAGAACGGGAGCUACCCGACUGGGCAGACUGUAGGGUGGAAGUUCGUGGGUUUAGUGAAAAAUCAAUUUAUGAAUAUUUCAAGACUACACUUGAAGGCCAGUGCAUUUGUGAGGAAGAUGUGAUGUUGUAUGAGAAGAACAUCAAUGUCUUCAGUCUCUGUCAUGUCCCGCAGUACGCAUUCAUAGUCAUGUGCUACAUGUUGAGUGAAGGCCGCAUGAAGUUACAACAGAAAAGCUCCUCUGUGAGCACUCCAAGUACGGUGACUGAGCUCUAUGUGCACAUAUUCCGCCAUUGUGUCGGUCAGCACAUGUUGAAGGUGACACAUUCUGGGACAGGAAAUGUUGAUGUGUACAUUGAACAAAAUAAAGAGGAGAUAAUGACAUUAGCCAAAAAAGGGUUUGAUGCUAUUUUGAGUAAAAGUGUGAACCUUAUUGAUUGUCAACUGAAAAGAAUGCCAUGUCAAUCCAUCAAACGUUGUUUCUUAGGCUCCACCAGCAUUGAUGAGACGCUUACCUCCAAAGAAACCUACUUUGCCUUCCUCCAUAACACAAUGCAGGAGUUUUUUGCUGCUCUUUGGAUUUUGGAAAAUAAAAACAACUUCAGCGACAUAUUUAAUCGCAGUCUGACCGCGGGUGAAAGUCACUUGAAGUAUGUGAUUUACUUCCUGUGUGGGCUUCUUACCAUUAAAAAUUCCAAAUUAAUGGCAUGUUUAUUUCAGGAUAAUCCCCCAGAUGUCCUCUCGGGGCCUUUAUUCAAUAACAUAUUUGAGCUUGUUCAAUCAACCAAAGAGGACAUUGGAGGAGAGGAACGGAUUUUGUUUGCUUGCCAGUGUUUAUAUGAGGCCCAGUCAACUAAGGCGUGUGCUCAGGUUUUGGAGGCCAUCAAGUUUGAGUUCUGUCUGGAGGACGAGCACAUUGACCCGUACCAGAGCCGUGCAGUGACCUACGUAGUGAAUGAAGCAAUCAAGGAGACGUAUUCAGAUUUGGAAAUGCAGGACCUCCGGCUCUUCAUCCUUGGCUACAAACUGCUGCUGGAGUGUACAGAAAGUUACAGAGCAUGGGGGAAGAAGAAAUCUAACUGCUGUCAACAUGUACUGGAAAGUGAAGAUCAAAAAAACUUUUUGGAGAUGAUGGAAUUUGAGGUCUACGUGUCCUUACACUGGUAUAGCGAGACACUGAGGACACUGGGACGCUUGAUCAAACAGUCGGUAAAGAAGGUUGAUGUCAUAUUGGAUUCAGUAUUCAGUCGUGACUCACAUGAAAGUUUCAUCUGUUUUGUUUCAGAAUGUCUGGAGAAGAUGGCUUCUGUAUGUUUUUCAGGUGGUUGGAAUGACUUUACAUUUUGGAAUUUAUGUCGCUUAUUUCAACAAUUUGAAGCUGAGAAAGGAAAUGGCAGCCUCCCACACCUCAUCUCUUUAUUUGCUCCUUUUCCAAACGAUGUGAUCUCAACAGAGUUGGACUGGAUUGAUAGAAUUAACUUCAGAUUUAUAAGACAAUGUUUCCAGAAUGAGGUUGCAGCUCCACAGUACAAAGAGGCUUUACGAGGUCUUGAGCAACUCAUAACCAGAAGUCUUGUGGAAGCUGAAAGGUACGUUUAAUUACUGAGCACUAAG